AUGAACAUUUCAAUGGCAAUUAUUGUUUUCCUCAUAUUAAGUAUUGGUUCCUGCUUUUAGAAAUCAAUAUUGAUAACUAGACAUGGAGCUAGAUCACCAAAAGUAUAUACAGAAAUUGAUAGUACUUAUUAUUGGACAAGUUAACCAGAAGAUUUAACUGAAAUUGGAUUAUAAUAACAUAUUAACUUAGGAUAGAGUAAAAAUGGAAUAUCAAUUACAGAUAUGAAUGGAAAUUGCAUUUACGAAAAUUUAGAAAUUUAAGCUUCUACAACAUAGAGAGUUAUUAUGUCUACUAUUGGAUUUCUAAAAGGUUUAUGUCCAAACAAUUAUUAAGAGAUUAUUAAAAGAUAUUUCAAUGAAUAUUAUGCUUAAUAUUCUACAAAUAGUGAAGCAUGGAACUAGAUUAUGGCUUCAGAUUUUCAAAAUCCAUUAGAAUUAGAACUCCAUUAUUUUGAAAGACCUAAUGAUUUCCUAUUUCAUGGACAUAAAAAAACAGUUUGUCCAGCUAUUAAAGAUCUGAAAAAAUAAAUUGAAGCCAGUGAAUAUUUUAAAUAAAAAGAAGAAGAAUUUAAAAAUAGACAUGAAUUUGAUGAAGUUUUUGAUAUUAUCAAAGCUGCUUAUCCUAGUAAAUCUUUUAAAAAGAAAUCUAUAACUUUAUCGGAUAUUGAAGAUAUAUUUGAUGAUUAUUAAAGUAAUCAUGUAUAAGGAUUUCUAUUUCCAAAUCCAUCAUAAUCAGCUAUUAAUUAUAUGCAAGAAGUAGUGAAAUUUAUUAGAUAUUAUGAAGAUAAUUGUGAUUCUUUAGAACAUUAUGCUUAAUUAACAGAACCAUUUAAAUGGAUUAUCUCUUAAUUAUAUUCUACUACUCCUCUUAGUUGGUAUUCAGGACAUGAUACAAAUUAAGUAGCUAUAUUAUCAGCCAUUUCAGACUUUCAACCAAUAGUACCAUUUGCAUCAUAAUUGGAAAUAAUAGUGAAAAAUGAAAUAGUUAUGGUCUAUUUUAAUAGACAACAGAUUUAAACAAAAUUCUGUACUGAUGGCUACUUUUGUACUAGAGAAUAAACAGUAAAUUACUUAAUGUAAUUCAUUCAUCCAAAUCUUAAAUCACUUUGUGGUUUAGAAUUAAUUGAUUGA